CGUUCCCACUGUGCGCAAAAACUCCGACGGCACCGUCAAGACGACUCACUGGGGCGGACCCGCUUGCCAGAAGAAGGACGUCAGCAUGCCGUUUUUCCUCCUCGCCGGCUUCACUGUUACCAUUAUCGGCGUCAUCUCAUGGGGCAUUGGCCUAUUGUUUAGCAUUGGCAACGAGGAAUUACCGAGCGUUAUUGGUGCAGGCGUCGUUGGUCCUCGUGCCAAGUAGACAUGGGAUUACCCUGUCCCUGUAAUAUUUCUCGCCCUCACUACCGUCCUAAUACAAUGAAAUGACCAUGGCGGGACGUGUUGUUCUUAGAUGGCUGUAUGGUUGUACGUUGCAUGUUGUCGUAUGCACUGGGCCCCUUUGUCAGCCCAAAAUUCACGAAAGCUAUAAUCCGAAGGCGACAGAAUUUCUUUUCUUAAUCUCCAAGAUGAACUCUUUUUUCCCUUUUCUUUCCGAGUCAAGGUUCAUUUCCAGCCUCAAGAUUCCGCCGAAUUUGGCGUUUAUCAGCUACUUUCUAUUUCCUCUCUUGUCCCUUUUUUCUCCUUUUGUCUUUUCCCCAACUUAUUUAAGACGUAUAUACCUUUUUUACGUACUGUACGUAGUCUUUAUUACCGCAAAAUUUAUCAUUUAUCAUUUCUCAAUUCUCUUUUGUCGCAUUUCAAUAAAAUCUUAGCUAUGACCAUUCGAGACCCGAGAGUUACGCUAUAACAUGAAUGUAUCCAAAUGUACACUUGGAACAACAGAGAAA